AUGAAUCCUGUGUAUGACCCUGUUGUUCAACUAUUAGGAACGCCAUUUCGGCGUUGGACAACUAAUGACAAAAAUGAAUUGCUAAAGCUUGGUAAACCGAUUCCCCAGUUGUGUUGUCAAUCAAGAGAUAAGAAAGGUGGUAAAAUGUAUAGUAGAGCGUUUAAUCCUAAAUGGUACGAUAUGCAUACUUGGCUUUGUGGAAGCCAAUAUAAACAGGCAUUGUAUUGUUGGCCGUGUUUACUUUUAAGUAUGACAAAAUCUGUUUGGACUACAACGGGUUAUGCCGAUUUAAAAAAUUUAUCACGCAGUGUUAAACUUCAUGAAUCUGCUAGAGAACAUAUUCAUUGUAUGGUAGGAUUAAAACAUCUUGAAAAUAAUAGAGUAACUAUUGUAGACGCUUUGACUGAACAUGGUUAUUUGUUUAAAAAAAAAUAUAACGAAAAUGUUCGGCUUAACCGACUUUUUAUGGAACAUCUAAUUGAUAUUGUGUUAUUUUUGGGUAGACAGGAACUAGCCUUUCGAGGUCAUAACGAAAGUUCAAGUUCCUUGAAUAAAGGAAAUUUUAAAGAACUUUUUGAUAUGCACAUUAUUAGGUGUUCAUUGGAGAUUCAAAACCAUUAUAAGGCGAUAAAAAAUAUAUUUUCAGGAUUGUCAAAUACAAUACAAAAUGAUUUGAUAACAUGUAUUUCAGAUCACAUAAAAAAUAUGGUAAGAACUGAAAUCAAGGAGUGUAUGUUUUAUUCUGUCCAAGUUGAUGAUACGACAGAUAUUUCGCAAAAAACACAAUGUUCAAUUAUACUAAGAUAUAUGACAAAUAAAUCUGAAUUAGUAGAAAGGUUUCUUGGUUUCUAUAAUGUUAGCGAGGAUCGCACUGCCGAGGGUCUUUUUAACACGUUAAAUUCUGUAUUAUUAGAACUUGAUAUGGAAAAAAAAUUAAUUGGUCAGUGUUAUGAUGGUGCGAGUGUCAUGGCCGGUCAUGUAAAUGGUUUACAAGCUAAAGUUAAAGAGGUUGCUCCUAAUGCGUUGUUUACACACUGCUUAGCACAUCGUUUAAACUUGGUGCUACAGCACGGCUGCAGUGCUAAUACACAGUGUCGCAUUUUUUUUGCUAACAUGACUGGAAUUUCUGCUUUUUUUCAUAAUUCUACGUCACGUACGAAUGUUGUAGAUGCUAUAGUUGGGAAACGCAUACCACAAUUUGUUCAGACGAGAUGGGCUUCUCGCUCAAAAAUUUUGAACUUAGUUGUAGACAAGUGGGACGAAUUUAAAAAGGUUUUUGAACAUAUUAUAAAAGAUUCAAAUUCAUCAUCUGAAUCGAUUUGUGGUUCAAUUGGGCAUUUGAACAAUUUAAAAAAAUUUGAAUUCGCUUUUUUAGCUCAAACAUUUAACAGAGGGGUGUAUGGAAAAACCUCUACGUGGUACAUCCUAGGCAACAGUAGUGAUCUAAUCUUAACUGGCUAA